AUGCAAUCAACUCUUCAUAUUGGUGGUGGAACUGUCUCGCCUCCUAGUUUGCACAGUGUGAAAGCUCAAUUUGUGGUAGUAAUGAAUGAUGCCUAUGACUACAAAAUUGGCGCGAACGAUUUUGAUCCUGACACUAUCUUCCCUGAGAUCGUCUCCCAGGGAAAUCAACUAUCCUCCUGUCUGCAGACGCAACUCACACCUAGUCAGGAGGCUGCCUUUGAAGAUCACAUACUGCAUUGUCUUGCUGGAAUGGUAUAUGGCUCCAACAUGAUCGAACGCGCUGGAAUUGGCCGAGACAUCACACUGAAAUUGUGUAUGGCAAUUUUUCGGGGCGAAACAAUAUCAGAGGAUAUCGGAGAAGCCGAAGAAGAAUUCCUGGAGUUAAAAGGGAGCUUCUACGCAGCAACCUUCAAGCCACCACCUCUGCUGUUCUGCACAGUCGACGCGAAGUUGUGCAACACGCAAGGGCCGCUUCCUACAUCAUGA